UGUGUUUUGUUUUGUAUAAGGUUACGGUACCUCCAUUUUGAUUUUAAUUGUGCAUGUUUGUGAACUGAAAUUUUUUAUUUUGCAUUUUUAAAAAGGCGCUGCGAGCGUAGGUAAUUAAAGUAUGAAAUUAAGCAUAAUUUAAUUUCACCUACAAAAUGAGCAAAAGGCGACGUACUAGCUCUAUUGCUAGUAGGCAAGAAGAAGACUCCCUUGAUAGCAUAGAAGCAUCAUCAAGCAUAGGUCCUUCUAUGCGUAAGCGGUUCAAAAAACAAGACCCUAGCGAAUUAUGUCAGCAUUUGUACGAAUCGAUACGCAAUUAUAAAAAAGAAGAUGGAACUCUUCUCUGUGAUGCAUUUAUCCGUGUACCAAAGCGCAGACAAGAACCAGGAUAUUACGAAGUUGUAAAUAAUCCAAUUGAUCUAUUAAAGGUUCAACAAAAAUUAAAAACUGACGAAUAUGACGACAUUGAAGAUCUGCAAGCUGAUAUAGAAUUAAUUGUUAGUAACACUAAAGCGUUCUAUAAGAAAAACUCUACGGAAUAUCGAGAUGCCUGUGAUCUCUGGGAAUUGUUUUUAGUAAAUAAGAAUAGAUUAUUCGAUUGCAAAGAUGGAGAUGAGGAGCCAAAAGGUAAAAUAAUUCUAAAAGUAGGAAAACUGGCUCGUAAAGCAGCCGCUGCUGCCGAACGCAAGGUGGAAACCGAUCAGUCCGAAGAUAACUCAGAGACCUCAACCAAUCCGGAUGAAGAUAUGAACCCCUAUGAAGAACUUUUCACUUCUGUUAUGACUGCGACGGAUACAGACAAUAGGCCUCUCCAUACAGCUUUCCAAUUAUUACCGUCGAAGAAAAAAUAUCCCGAGUACUAUGAGAUCAUUGAAACUCCUGUUGAUUUACGGACGGUUGCUAUUAAAAUUCAAAAUGGGGAUUAUACACACUUGAAUGAGCUUGAAAAGGAUCUUUUGAUAAUGACAAAAAAUGCCUGUUUGUUUAACGAACCCGGAUCACAAAUUUAUAAAGAUGCAAAAACAAUGAAGAAGAUAAUUAGCACUAGAAAGAUUGACAUUGAGCAUGGAAAAUUUACCGGCGUAGGUACUAAAACUAGCGAACGCAUUCGCAAUAAAAGGUUACGUGGGAGCACUACUUUGUCGGCCGUUACCGCAGCUUUGAGAGAUGAAGAAUCCGAGUCAGAUGAUCAAGAGGAGGUAAUGGAGGAAGAGCAGGAAACUGUUGACCCAAUUGAUUCCGAUAACCCGCAAUGGCAACUGUUUGAUGCAGUACAAAAUGUUACAAGCAGUUCCGGUAUGCCAUUGCAUGAACCUUUUUGGAAAUUACCGUCGCGGAAAUUUUAUCCCGAUUAUUAUAAAGAAAUUAAAAAUCCUGUAUCUUUAACCCAAAUACGACGAAAGCUUAUCAAGUGUUCGUACGGCACAGUAAGCGAAGUUGCUGGUGAUUUGACAAUUAUGUUUGAAAAUGCGAAGAAGUACAAUUUACCAUCCUCGAAAUUAUACAAAGAUGCAGUAAAGCUUCAAAAAGUGAUGCAAAUGAAAGUUCAAGAACUACUUGACAUAGAUCAGGUAACACACAGAGUCACUAACAAAAAUCGAAAGGAUACAGACAGUGAUGCAGAUAAUGAAGACAAGGUAAGAAGGAAACCUGGCGUGAAAUCAAAAUUAUUAAUGGGCAUAUCACCGGGCCGGGGACGUCCGCCAAAGGACUCCGUUCCUCUAAAAAGGCGCUUGCAUAAUCUUGCGAAGUUUAUGUUAGACUAUGUGUGUGAGGAUGGCAGAAAACCGAUGUUGGCAUUCAUGGAGAAACCGUCGAAAAAGUUAUAUCCUGAUUAUUACGAGGUGAUUGCAGAACCGAUUGACUUUUUGGAAAUAGAGGGAAAAAUAAGAGCCGAACAGUACUCCAAUGAAAGCGAUUUGGUUAAGGAUUUUAAACUCAUGUUUGCAAAUUGUCGUCAAUACAAUGAAGAAAAUUCAACGAUUUAUGACGAUGCCAAUUUACUCGAGCGGGUCUUGACUGAAAAAAUUGGUCAACCCAUUCCAGUGGUAGUCGAAAAACAUGAGAGGAAAACUGUACCUCGAAUAGCACGUCCACGCAAGAUUCAAACCCCAACUGAGAAAAACUGUAGAACAUUAUAUGAAACUAUUCGAGAUUAUAAAGAACCAAAACUAAAUCGCCAACUGUCACAAAUAUUUAUGAAAUUACCAUCGAAACUAGAUUAUCCGGAUUAUUAUGAAGUAAUAAAAAGUCCGAUUGAUAUGGAGAAAAUUUCGCAGAGGGUUAAAGCAAAUUAUUACGAAACUUUAGACGAUUUAGUGAACGACUUUAAUGUUAUGUUCGACAAUGGAUGCAAGUAUAAUGAACCUGAUUCACAGAUUUAUAAAGACGCAUUAAUUCUGCAACGUGUCUGUUUGCAAACAAAAUUGCAACUCAAAGAGGACGAUGAUACCGUUCCUGAUGUUCCUGCAGCAAUUCAAGAUCUAUUACUGAAUCUUUUUACUAACGUGUAUAACCAUCAGGAUGCGGAGGAACGCUGCUACUCGGAUUCAAUGGCCGAACUUCCUGAGCAUGACGAAGUCGAUGGAAAAAAGGUUCGAGCACUUUCGUUGGACUUAAUAAAAAGAAGACUGGAUAAGGGUUUGUAUAGGCGUUUAGAUACGUUUCAAGAUGAUAUGUUUGCAUGUUUCGAUCGCGCACGCCUCUUAUCAAGGUCCGAUUCGCAAGUUUUUGAAGACUCCAUCGAAUUACAAUCAUAUUUCAUAAAGCAACGCGAUGAAAUAUGUAAACAUGCAGAUCUUCUUCAAACUCCCGCAGCCAAUUACUCGUUAAUGCACUUGAGAGCUUCAAUUGAAUCUACACGUCACGCAAAAAUGAUGCAGGAGUCCUUAGAGGAGGAGAGUGAAACGCGCAGUUCUGACGACUCCUUUAUUCGUGAUCCUAACAGUAAUGUGGGCGAUUCGAUGACUGUAAAUCAGCAAACAUUUAAAGUUGGUGAAUAUGUUUAUAUGGACUCCAAGGAGAAGGGCGUCGAUCCACACAUUUUAUUCAUAGAAAGAUUGUGGACUAAUAAUGAAGGUCAAAAGAUGCUGUAUGGCAAUUAUUAUUUAAGGCCUAUAGAAACUUACCAUGUGACAACGCGUAAAUUUUUGGAAAAGGAGGUUUUUAAAUCCGACACUCAUAUUGCCGUUCCAUUAGAGGAGGUUCGAGAGAGGUGUUGCAUAAUGAAUAUCAAACAUUAUUUCACAAUGAGACCUGAAGGGUUUGACGAAAAGGACGUAUACGUUUGCGAGUCUCGGUAUAGUACCAAAACUAGAAGCUUCAAAAAAAUGAAGAUAUUCCCAGAAAAUAAUGAAAUUACUCUUAUUCCGCGUGAAGUUCCUUUGGAACCCAAAAGAGUUAUGUCCGUAUUUCGAGAAAGGGUAGAGAAGCAUAAGGACGAACUGGCAGAGUUACAGGAACAGGAAAAGCUACUAGAAAAGGAAAAGCCGAAUGUUGUCGCAUUCGCCAGCAUGGAGGUUGAUGAUGGAAAUACUUACUAUGAACAGUACAACACAAUUUGUAGUGGGGUGGUUAAAACCGGUGACUUUGUCUAUGUCGCAGCUGAUGGUGGCCGACAGACAAUUGCCCAGAUUGAUACUAUUUGGGAUACAAAAGAUGGAAAAUGUUACUUUCGUGGGCCAUGGUUUGUUACACCUCCAGAGAUACCUCACUCACCAAACAGACUAUUUUAUAAACAAGAAGUAUUUCUAUCUAGUCUUGAAGACACAAAUCCCCUCGUUAGUAUUGUGGGCAAAUGUUGUGUAUUAGACUAUAACGACUAUAUCUCUUGUCGUAUUACAGAAAUUGCAGAAAGCGAUGUUUACAUCUGCACAUCGAUGUAUGAUGAAAUAAAUAGACAAGUUCGUAGACUACCCCCAGAUGGAUUAAAACGUUUUUUGCACAGCAGCGCCGUUACAGAGGAUGAAAUUUAUUAUUUCCCAAAACUGAUUAAUCCCCCGAAGGUGGGCAGCGAUGUUGCCCAAUUACAACCUGAUAUCAUCAAACCGCAAAACUCUUCUGUAAUUGAAGUUGAGAGUUUGCCCACGGCUAAAAUGACAGAAAUGGAAGUGUUAAUUGAAGAUUCACUAGACGGAGGACCACCCUCGGUAGGUUCAGGUGAAAUACCGACCACGGUUACGUCCGCACCCUCAAACGUUACAACGCCGUCAACGUCUUCUGCAAAAAAGAAGUCUAACAAGAAUAAAAUAGUGACGGGGUACAUUCUAUAUUCUCGUGAUGUUCGGAAACGAGUGGUACAAAAUAAUCCUGAAUCUAAUUUUGGGGGCAUCAGUAGGAUAGUAGGUAAUGAAUGGCGCUCAUUACCCGCAAGUGAAAAACAAACAUGGGAGGAAAAGGCUUCAAAACGAAAUGAAGAAAUCAAGGCUAUACUUCGUGCGGAAGGACGUUUAAGUCCUCCACCUCCACCUGCUCCUGCUCCUGCCGCUCCGUCUGCUCCUCCUGCAGACUAUAUUUAUGAAUGUAUGUGGGAUACUUGUGACUAUCAAUUUGAGGAAAUUUCUGAUUGUAUUGAGCAUUGUGUUAAGGAUAAAGAAUCACAGGGACAUGUACAAAGUUAUUUUCAUGCAAAUCCUGAUGCGGAAUUAAAUUGUCAGUGGAGAAAUUGCGGCAGACAUAAUAAGAAAAAUGUACAACCGUUUCCAAAUAUAUCACGUUUGAUUAGACAUGUUCGUGAUAUGCACAUUAAUAAGGGAAACGGUCGUGUGGUGCCCCCAGCGGAACGUAGCAGAAACUUCAAGCCUUCAAGCAAACCAGCACCUAUUGCUCGAUCAGUGCCUUCCACUACUUCCAAUACUCCAGUUAGUAAUACGUUUAACUUGACAUCUAACACAUGCACCAUAUCUACUAAUGCUACAGCAACUGUUUCAUCUACUGUAGCCGUUACUCAGAAGCCUCAAGAACCGAUGUUUAUUACUGUACCUCCGAGACCACAACGUGUUCUGCAUUCUGAAGCAUACAUUAAGUAUAUAGAAGGCCUGCAGUCAGAUAACAAGUAUAUAACAUCUUGGGAAAAAACUUUAAACGCCACUCAGGAAACUGUGACUAAUCCUGAUCCCGAAAAAAUUAACAAUGUUGCAACAUGGUUGGGAAAAAAAUACAAUCAACAGGAGGACGUGGUCAAUGCUUUGUGGGAAUUAAGAAAUCAACUAUUGCGGGAUUCUCUUGGGUUAAGUAAACAUUAUUAGCAUUUUGCCUAAAUUUAAGGAAUUUAUUUUACGUUUUUUUAUUAUUAAAUGUAGUAAUUGUAAGCAAUAAAAGUUAAUUUGAA